AUUCGUAGAGUCGAGACUUUAAAGUGAACAAAGCUUUGCUUAAAUAAACAAAAGAGACGUAAACAUGAGUAAGUUGUUCUAUUUAAUUAGCUUGGCGAUUGUUUUUGCCGUCGGUCGUGGCGAAGAAGAAUGUCCACAAAAACAAAAAAGCGAACUUUUUGACCAAGACUUCGGACUGGCUUUAACGCCUGAUGAUUUACUUACUUCAAUGAUGUCACCGUGGAUGAUGAGAGAUUACUACCGACCUUGGAGAUACCUGGAAUCGUUCACUCAUGACUUGGGUUCUACUAUCAAGACCGAGAAAGAUAUGUUUACAAUUAACUUGGAUGUUCAGCAUUUCUCACCAAAUGAGUUAACUGUUAAGACAUCCGAUGGUUACGUGGUCGUUGAAGCUAAGCAUGAAGAAAAGAAGGAUCAGCACGGAUUCGUUUCCCGACAGUUUGUAAGGAAAUAUGCUUUGCCUGAAGGUACUGAAUCCGACAACGUGGUGUCCAAACUUUCCAGCGAUGGUAUUCUAACAAUCACAGCACCAAGAAAGGAAGUAGAUGCUAAAGGAGAGAGGGUGGUGCCAAUAACCCAGACGGGUCCAGUUCGCAAAGAAGCCAAGGAAAACAAAGAAGGUUCAUGUUCUGCUGAAAAUAAGUGUAACCACUAGUUAGAUCUUUUCAUAGCAUUUUUGUAUUCAUAAUUUGUUCAUGUGAGUAGUAUGUUACAAUAUAUGUAUG